GAAUCGAACCUCACUUGAACACGAGUUUGCUCCGUUCUUUGUACAAUUUACGAUGAGUUGCUACUAUCACUAUUCAAACAUUGCAAGGUAGAAGCUGAGUCUUGCCACGGAUAGUGCCAGGAUUGAGGGACGUGAAGACGUGGUGCAAUGGCCAAACUCCUGGCCCUUUUGCUGGUCCUGCAGAUUCUUACAGUGCCAGGGCAUUCUCGACCCAUUUCACUAAGUGAACUCCUUUUUGGCUCAGAACCGACAAAAGCUCCAGAGAAAACUACCAAGGCUCCAACUAAAACUACUGUAAAACCUUCAACAACACAAGCUACUUCUCCACCUAGUACAAAUCCCACAACAACAACAACAACUCCAGCUCCUCAGACAACAGUUCCAACAACUGCACCUCCGAUAAGUCCACCGACUCAAAAAUCAGACGAUGUGGAUGAGAAUGAUUCAGAAGAGGAUGACUCCAGUUCAGAAGAAGAUUCAAGUGAAGAGGAUGAUAGUAAUGAAAAAGAAGAUUCCACAACCGAAGCCCCAACUACUACCACUACCGAAGAACCAACAACAACGACAACAGAAGAACCUACAACAACAACAGAAGAACCAACAACAACAGAAGAACCAACAACAACAGAAGAACCAACAACAACAGAAGAACCAAUAACAACAACCGAGGAAGUCACAACAACUGAACUAAACCUUCCACCAGGAAUGUGUUUAUGUCCUUGUGCUACAACUCCUCCCCCAGAAACAACAGAAUCUAAUACAUGUGCGCCAUGUUCAGAAGAAACCACAACUCCUGAACCUAUGGAACCCCCAACUACAACUCCUCCACCUGUUUUGACAACAACUCCACUUCCCGAUACAACAGAGGAAACAACUGAACUAACAACAACAAUAGAACCUCCACCAACAUCUGAGCCGGAAACCACAACAGAAGAACCUACAACUACUCCUGAACCAACAACAACAACAGAAGAGCCUACAACUACUCCUGAACCAACAACAACAACAGAGGAGCCCACAACUACUCCUGAACCAACAACCACAGAAGAGCCAACAACAACCACGGAAGAACCUACAACAACCACGGAAGAACCUACAACAACCACAGAAGAACCUACAACAACCACGGACGAACCUACAACAACCACAGAAGAACCUACAACUACCGAAGAGGCUGAAGAACCUUCAACAACCACAGAGCGCUCUCAAACAGAAGAAAAUACGACUACUGCACGCCCUACAACCACUAAAGCACCAACAACUAAAGCACCAACAACUAAAGCACCAACUACUAAAGCACCAACUACUAAACCUCCACCCACAACCACAAAGCCUACCGCUGCAUCAAAAUCUAGAACUACUUUAUCAGCCGCUGAAAAAUUUAAAGCCGGUCAGGUAUCUGGAACUGGUGUUGGUAAAUAUGCUGAAUACGGGAAAAUUGAGUUUCUUUUUUUUCAGGCAACAACUUGUUUCCCUAUACCCAACAUUCUAGGAGACUUAUUGUUUGGAUCUGCGGAUUCUUCUGACGAGUCACCCCCUCCUCCUACACCAUCGCCAGCACCGAGAACAGCGAAGUCAGACCAAGGGCUCUUGGAUGGGAUAGGAGCAGCUUUAGGAACACUUUUGUUUGGGGCUCCAUCUGAAGAAGAGGAAGGGCCAGUCACUGAACAGCCAACGGAAGCACCAACAACAACGGCAACAACAACAACUGAAGCUCCAACAACAACCACAACAACUACAGAACCUCCAACAACAACAACAACCACAACAACUACAGAGGCUCCAACAACCACAACAACUACAGAGGCUCCAACAACAACUACAACAACUACAGAACCUCCAACAACAACAACCACCAGCACAACAACAGAAGCUCCAACAACCACUACGACUGAAGUCCCAACGACAACUACAACGGAAGCUCCAACGACAACUACAACGACCAAAGCACCAACAACAAAAGCUCCAAAGCCUACUAUUAAACCAACAACUAGCAAAACAACAAAAGCUCCAGUUCGUACCGGUUCAAAACAAUCACAGAAAAACAUUGGAACUCAUAAAGGUAGCAAAUAUUCAGAGUGAUAACAUAUACAAUUUAUAAUUCAGGUUGUUUGUGUGAAAGAUAAGUAGUAAAAUUGGUACAGUACUAGCUAAGUGUAUUUGUAAGAUAAUCAUUGCAAAGUUCUUAUCCCUGUACCGGUACCUUUAUAUAUUACUCAUGUUCAUUUGAAGUCUAGCAACCAAGUGAAAUGGAUGAUCAGUGGCUGAUUUAAAAGACGGUUUUGACUUAGUUUAAAAAUCACAGUUAAACUUAAUAUUUUUUAAUCAGGGCUCAUUUAAGAUGACAAUAUACCAUUAUUAAAUACAAAUAUUCCCUACGAGUUUCAUUUAAAUUAAAUUCAAAAUUGCAUAGUAUAAAAUUGAUAAAAAUUUGAAAGAUAAAAUAGUGAUAAAAUAAAAUGGAUAUAAAACUUGGUGAGUCUAUGCAAAAUGACUGGUUAAAAUCCCACUUUAAAUAUAUUUCAUAAUAUGAGAUGUAAACGCAAAGUUUUAUUUGGUGUACUUUACAGUUUCAAAACUCAAAAGUUUACUCUUUUACUUGGUCAGUUUUUACUACUUUGGCAAAACAGAUUAUACUACUAGCAUUGAUUUAAGAGUUUCGACAACUUUAAGCUCUUUACAGUAGUUUUAUUUUGCUAAACUUUAAAAAUAUACACAUUAAUUUUUCCUGUAAACAGAUUAUUUGAAACAAAGGACUUUGUGUUUGUAUGAUUGCUCAAUGGAUUGUUGUAUUAAAAUAGUAUGUAGUAAACUAGUUUAAACACUUUUA